AUGUUCAGCUCACUCCUACCGAAACCAAAGCACACCACCCAUGAAACCUUAAAAAUCGUCCUACCUAAGCCCCAGACAAAAAAGUCGGAAGCCCUAAUAGUUCAGUCAAAGCAAUUCGAACUUGAGCCAAAGACCAUAAGCGAGCUCAAGCUUUCCAAACCCCUGGAUUACACCAAGUCUGUGCUACAAAAGUCAGGAGCACUGGCUAAUGCUCAAAUAUCGUAUGAAGACACCAUACCACUAAAGACAAAGUACCCCAAUUUGAAACAUCACUUUCCGAGAUACAGCUUGGAGAAUUGUCCCGAUUCAUCACUAAAGGAUUGUGUCGAUGCCACCAGAGAGGUCAUAGAGAAGCUAUUAGCUCAGGAACAGGGUACUGAAAUUGAAGUUGCCCAAGACGAAAUUGUGAGUUACAUUCCGCCGUCGCUCGAGAAUGGCGAAGAACAAAGAGGAAGAACGGUUCAAGUUACAACUCACCAAGAGGACCCCAUGCUCCCGCCGAAACAUAAGCUUCGAAAGAAUAGGCACAAGGACCCAUCUCCACCUCCCCCUCUUUUGAAAAAGGGUACCACAGAGAGAAUCACCAAGGAGGUCAAGGAUAAAUGGGCCAUCCCUUCGGUGGUAUCAAACUGGAGUAAUAACAAGGGGUUCUCUAUUUCUCUUCGCAAAAGACAGGAGGCUGCAAGCGGCGGGACCGUUGCAGAAAACUCAAGCAUCAAUAUUGAAAAGUUCAGUCUGCUAGCACUGGCUCUUGACGAUGCUGAUCGCCGGGCUCGCGAGGAGCUCAAAGUUAGAAACGAGGAACGGAGAUUGCAGGCUCAGGCCGAACAGAAGGAAAAGGAAAGAAGAUUCGAAGAGCUUGUCUCGAGGAAGAGAAACGAGAGACAACAGUUGAAACGUCCCGGAGAUAAUUCGGACGAGUUCCGUUCUUACAAAAAGAGAUCUGCUUAG